UGACGUCAGUCCGCUGGAGGAGGAGCCAGGCAGCAGCUACACUGACACGUAAGAAUCCUGCGUAACAUUUAAGGAGGAAGUUACAUAUUUUCCUUUAAGUUGGAUGUGGAUACAAGCUCCUUGGAGUCAGACUUGAUGUAGUUGACCUCCUAGUGUCCCGGACCAGAGAGGCCUGUUCAGGGACUCUUCACACCAGAGAGCAGCCGACAACAAGAUGAGGUUCUCGGCGUUUAUUUCUGUGCUGCGGUCGGUCGGCCCGGUGGUAAUCGGUAUUUCUUUAGGCUUCACGUUGAGUUUGUUGAGUGUGAACUGGACGGAAGACGCAGCUUGUUACCGGGACGACGGUAAGGAGGCAGAGGAGGUGACUGUGAGUCAGGAUGGACAGCUGAAAGGAGCCAGGAAGCCCAACUCUAUCUCUCUAUCCACCGGUACCGAGCUGGAGUCCGAGGAGGACUUUGAACCCAGAAUAGUCCCCUAUAAACAAGUCCAGCAGGGAGCCCCCAAGAAAGUCUUCAGGGCUAAAUACAUCAGCUCAGAGUUGGGGAUGCGAGAGCGUCUGUUCGUCAGUGUCCUGACAUCCAAAAACACCAUAAACACUCUGGGCGUAGCUGUCAAUCGCACCAUCAGCCAUCACUUUGACACGGUGAUAUUCUUCACCGGCAUGCGCAACCGCAAAGUCCCUCACGGCAUGUUUGUUAUCUCUCAUGGAGACGAGAGGCUGAUAUGGAACAUGUUUCAGAACAUCAAAUACAUUUUAGACCAUUACAUCAAUGAAUACGAUUGGUUUUACUUCGUCCAAGACGACGCCUACACGGAAGCUGACAGGAUCAAGACCCUGGUGGAUCACAUGAGUAUGGAUCGAGAGCUUUACAUGGGCAGUCCUGAGGAGUUCAUAGGUGGACAAAUGGAGGGGAAGUACUGCUACGGAGGGUUCGGGUACGUCCUGUCGCGGACCUUGCUCCUGAGACUCCAGCCCUACCUGGAAAACUGUAGGAAUGACAUCCUGAGCGCGAGGCCUGAUGAGUGGCUCGGAAGAUGCAUCAUCGAUUACACAAACACAAACUGCGUCAGUGAAUAUGAGGGUCUUCAAUACCACCAUUAUGAGUUGGGGAAAAACUCUGAUCCGAAUAAAGAACAAAGUGAACAGUUCAAGAGAGCUCUGACUGUCCAUCCAGUGUCCGACCCCGAACAGAUGUACAGGCUGCACAGAUACUUCACUGAGAUUGAACUCCAGAAGACUUACGAUGAGAUUGCUAAGCUGCAGGCAGAAAUAAAGAACGUGAGUGUGGUCGCCUUUGAGGGCAACCGAACCGCCCAGUGGCCUGUGGGGAUCAAUCCGCCUUUUGAACCAAAAUCUCGGUUUGAAGUUCUGAAGUGGGAAUACUUUACAGAGGAGGAGAUUUAUUCAUGCAUCGAUGGCUCUCCAAAGUGUGAGCUGCAGGGUAUUGACCGCAUGGACGUGGCUGAUGUCAUUGAAACCGCCAUGGUAGAGCUGAACAAGAAGUACAAGCCUGUCCUGCACUUGAAAAAGCAGCAGCUGAUUAACGGGUACCGGCGCUUCGACCCCGUCAGGGGCAUGGAGUACACCUUGGACCUCCAGCUGGAGGUGGUGAACCAGAAAGGUCACAGCCGUUCCAUCACUAAGCGAGUUCAUCUGGUGCGACCUUUGAGCCGGAUUGAGAUCAUCCCCAUGCCCUAUGUCACCGAGGCGACAAGGAUUCACAUCAUUAUCCCUCUUACUCUGCAGGAUCGGAGCUAUGUUGACCAUUUCCUGGAGGUCUUUGCCUCGAAUGCUUUUGAGACCAGUGAAAACGCCAUCCUGACAUUCUUGUUUAUUUAUGACCCAGUGGAGGCACAGCAAGUCAACCAGAAUGAUAUAUUUGCCAGCGUGAAGACACAGAUAACCACUUAUGAACACAAAUACCCCUCUGUAAAAAUCCCAUGGAUUAGCGUCAAGACUGAAAUGCCAUCCCAGAUCAAAUUCAUGGACAUCAUCUCGAAGAAGCACCCAGUUGACUCACUGUUCUUCUUGGCUAACGUCAACACAAAUGUUAAUUCAGAAUUUCUGAACCGCUGCCGCAUGAACUCCAUAAACAACUGGCAGGUCUUCUUCCCCAUCCAUUUCCAGGACUUCAACCCCGAUGUGGCCUACCACAACCAGCAGCGUCCGGCGACAGUCGAUCUGAUCAAGGACGCGGGCCACUUCGACCGCAGGUCAUUUGAAGAAGCGUGUUUUUACAACUCAGACUACAUGGCAACGCGCACGCGAAUGGUGGCAGACGUCCAAGAGAACGAAGACAUCCUAGAGACUCUGGACAUCUUCGACAUGUUCUUAAAGUAUUCGGAUCUGCACGUGUUCAGGGCAGUGGAGCCGGCGUUGCACCAGCAGUACAGCUACCAAGCCUGCAACCCGCGGCUAAGUGAAGACAUCUAUCAUAGGUGUGUUCAGAGCAACAUGGAAGGUCUCGGUUCUCGCUCACAGCUCGCCAUGCUGCAGUUUGAGCAAGAACAAGGAAACAGCACUUGAAAACACCAUUGAACUUCUGCAUGUCUUCAAAUGGACGUUGUGUUUGUUGUAAUAGAGUGCUGAAGGAAUGAGUCCUAAAACCCGGAAAUUAGUUAGCAUUUUUGCACUUCAAUGGGUUUUUUUGAAUGAGUUUUUAGUUGGAUGCCGGAAAUAAGGUCUGUGGUUAACACAAGCUUGAGAUUUUAACAUUUUUUGUUCUACGACACAUUUCUUUUGGAUUUUGGAAAAAUCCCAUUGGCUUUUUGUCGAGGGAACCAGUGCGAUGCUAACUUCCUGGUUGGCCUACAAAAAUGCGUCAUCCUCGCAGCACUCUUAUAGCCUUGAUGCAAGCUAGAAUUUGGGACAACCCGUGUCUGGGGGCUGAUAUGUGACCCUAAGUGACAUUCUCCAUAUUUCAGUGUGCAUCAAGGAUUAUUUGGUUUGUUAGCCUUUUUAGUUUAGUACAAUGAAUGCAGUACAUUCCUAAAGAAACCUUUCCUUCAAUGUUUACAAUACUUGUCCAUACAGAUGAGUUGCUAGAACCAAAUGUUUUUGCUGACGAUUCUGAGAGCUGCGUUAAGUUGAUUUUUGACCACUAGGUGGCAGAAACUCACAGCAGCAGAGCCUUGACGCAGAGCUGUUUAUGUUAAAGGUGUCCACUGCACAUCCAUUGGACAUAGGUCGUCUUUCUCUUCUAGUAUUCCACCCGAUUAGACUGUUAUCAGGCCGUUACAUAGGCGUUAUUAGUCGCUAUAAGCACCAUAGAUGGGGCCUACUACACCUACUUACUUAAAAACAACACGAUUUAACAUGUUAAACUGAAUGAACC